CCCCCGCGAAUGAUCGAAGAAAAUCGAUAGCGCCAAGUAGAGCAUCUGCGAAAAAACUAAAUGAGAAGUUGAGGAAAAAAAAUAGGAAAUAAAGACAAUCGAAGGGUCUCAAAGAAUCUGUCGUGGUGCGUGCGAAAGAUCCAUCAAUCUGACGCGAGUGGCAUUGACGGUGGUUUGAUUCACGAGGGCGUAAGUUGGGGAGAAAAGGGUGAGGGAGAACAGAAGGGCCUGUUAUUGAGAUUUUUGUGAUUUGGAUUGAUUGCCCAAUGUGGAGGCAUCAUGCCAGUGUCGGUUAAUGCCUCGAGGGAUACAUUGCAGCCGCUAACACCUUCAGAGGAGCGACGACGUACGGGUCGCUACCUCGCCGGUGGUGCGGCCCUCGCUGUCACGUUGCUCGUGAUCCACCACGUGCUGCUGAAAGGUGCCUCAGCAGCUGCGGGCAUAUGCAUCCCCGCCAUCUUCAUGAUGUGUUACAUACUCUGGGUGGUCUACACAGUCCGCAGGGACAGGGCGAAGGCUCGUCGUUUGGCGUCAGCGAUGCGUCUGACGGAAGUGAUUAGCGUGGCAUCCCCUCGCCCACAGUCCAGAGUUUUGCCGUCGGAAGAAGACCGACGAACAACGACGUCCUAACGAAGAGUGAUAGUGACAUGAAU